GCAGCCGUUGUAUUUGUGGGCGCCAUUGGUCAGCAGCCAAUUCGCACAGCAUUCCCAUCCAGCAAUCGGACAUGCUCGUGGAUUUAAGCGAAAUUGCUUCGUGUUUGAUUUCUCUAGGCGCUUCCACCGUAAUCUGACUUGUCCAACACGUCCCCACGCCACCUCGACCUGGACGGUGCAUGCGCGCGCUCCCCCAUCUCGAUUGCGAUAAAAUCAGCCAUGAUGGAGCUCCAGGCAGCAGCCGUAUCGAUAAGUUCUGCUGUUUGGGUUCAAUCCGGGAGCUUCUCGUCUGUUGUUGCAAGUUGUAGCGCGGUUGAAAGGGUGGCAAUAGCCCCAAUUGGUGGCAUUCGACCGCUUCCUUUUCGUACCCGACAGAAAUUUAAGACCUCUCUUCGCAUUUCUAUUUCGAAGAGGACUUGGACCCCGCUCUGUGGCGAACAAAGAGUGCAGAGGAGGGAAUUUUUGCGAGACGGCGCAUUAGCCGCAGCCGGGUUACUCGUGUGCAGGGCAGCAAUGGCGGAGACUUCUGUUGGGGGAUAUUCCAGUAAAGUACUGAAGCAAUUGCCCUACAAGAAGGAAGGGUACAACUUUUGGACGUGGCGAGACCAUAAGGUGCACUAUAUAGUACAAGGCCAGGGUCCUCCUAUUGUGCUGAUUCACGGAUUUGGUGCAUCAGCUUUCCAUUGGAGGUAUAACAUCCCAGAAUUGGCUAAGACUCAUACAGUCUACGCAAUGGAUCUCCUAGGAUUUGGUUUCUCCGAGAAGGCAUUGAUAGAUUACACCGCCGAUGUAUGGCGGGAUCAAGUGGCGGACUUUGUGAGGGAUGUGGUGGGCAAGCCAGCCGUCCUUGCAGGCAACAGUGUGGGCGGAUACACUGUUUUGAGCACCGCCGCUGCCAAUCCUGAUCUAGUUUCAGGGUUGGUGUUGCUGAAUGCAUCAGGCCAGUUUGAAAGCUCAAGUCCAAACGAAAAGCUAGGUGAUGAAACACCCGAGAAAGAAGUCGUUGAAAUGGAAGAGUCAGUAUUGAGCCGAAUAUUCAUUUCACCCAUCAAAAACACGGUUCAGAAGUUUACUAUAUUUUUCGCAUUUUGGCAAGCCAAGCAGCCUAAACGUAUAGAAUCAGUUCUACGAAAUGUAUACAAGGAUCAAACAAAUGUUGAUGAGUAUUUGGUGAAUUCCAUUGUUCAACCCACAGCAGAUCCGAACGCAGCAGAGGUUUAUUACAGCUAUGAAUGGUAUUUGGAACGCAGACUCAUGACGCGAGUACUGUUCAAGCAGACGAACCAGACCAUCAACAAGCUUUUGUCUCAGCUAUCCUGUCCCAUGCUACUCCUAUGGGGUGAUCUGGAUCCCUGGAUGGGUUCUUCAAAAUGUGACAUGAUCAAGAAUCUGUAUCCGAAAGCUUCUAUGGUGCGCCUCCAAGCUGGCCAUUGCCCCCAUGACGAGAUGCCUGAGCAGGUGAACAAAGCUUUGCUGGACUUUGCAAACUCCGCGUAGCCCAGAUUGUUUCAGGCAAUGGUGCCACGCCAUAAGUUGUGAAAUAUGAGCCACUGUAAAUUUCACAGAUGUUCAGUUCUUUUCCAAGUCACAGCUCCUGCAUCUGUUUGUACUUUACUCAUUUAUAAACGAAAGUUUGCAAGCCCUUCUUUGACUGA